AUGGAACUUGAUAGUGUGUUCGAUCAUCUUUUCAAUCGCUUCCGUCAUAUUAUAUCAGUUAGUAUCAUAGCCAAUGCCAUUUCUAAUAGAGACGAGGGAAUCCAUACCAGAAAUAUGAAUAAGAAUUCGGUUAGGAGAAAUCUCUUUAAAAAAUCGGACAUUUAUGAGUCCGGAAAAAAACUGAACAUUGAAUACUUCAAAGUGUGGGGAUAUCAUGUUUAUUGUAAGAACACGAACUCUAAUAGGAUUAUAUUGUGUCCAAGAGGCAUUAAAUGUGCCUUUAUUGGAUAUGCUAGUGAUAUAAAAUCAUACAGAUUGUUGAAUUUGAAGACCAAUGUGAUUAUUGAAUCCAAUGCUGUAGAGUUUUUUGAGAAUUCGCUAUCUUCAGAUAAUGAAUUGAAGGAAAAUCAUAAAGAUAUCCCUAGCUUAAGUGGAACACGAGAUGAGACAUCUUCUAAAGAUGUUGAUGAGUCUAUUGAGCCAUGA